AUGCUGUUGGCAAAUCAGACCGUGACCAGUUUUGAAGCAAGCCCUAGAUGGAUGUCCGAGAUGCUGAAGCUGGGUGCCUCCCCCAGGGAGGUGGCGGAUCUUUCAGUUCCGCGGACUGUUUCUAGCACUGGUAUGGUGCUGUCAGAUUGCGUUUCGAGUGGUUCUAUGACAUCGGGCUCCCGACCACGUCAGGUUGGGGAACAUGCCUGGUGGAACAUUGCCGGCUGCUUCGCCUUGGGUAAUCCGAUAUCGUCACUUUAUGUCCGUGGGCGUCAAGGGCUAUUCGUCUCAGUCCACCCGGCGACUAGGACCCUCAUCCUCCACAGUCGCGCGGACAGGUUUCUCAACCCAUCCGGGGUCCGCUUCGGGGGCGCUGAAAUUUACAACGUUCUGGAGCGCCAAUUAUCUGACGCUAUCGUCGAUGGCAUCUGCCUAGGGCAGCGUCGUCCUCGGGACCCCGACGAGACACUGAUUCUCUUCCUGCGGAUGAAGCCGGGCCAUAGGUUCAACCAGAAGCUCGUCAAGAGGGUCAUAAAGAACGACCUAGGCCCCAGGCACGUGCCCAAAUUCGUGUUUGAGGAGGUGCCGGAAAUCCCUGUAGCUUAUUUUUCUCUUGUCCCCCCAGCCCCGCUUUCCAGCGGUCGAUCUGACCAGGUCCAGUACUGGGUCAUAUAA